AUGCAGAAGAAGGAGCAGAAUCUAAACUUGAUAGAUUUGCAAGAGAUGUCCAACAUAUCCUUAUUCCUCAAUUGGAGAAAUAAAAAAUAUAUUGAUGCUGGAUUGAGUUUAGAGUAAGCCAUUAAAGAGUUAGGAGAAUGCGAUGAAUAAUGUAAGAAACUAGAAGCAGAUGCUAAGAAAUACAGACAUUAUGAAAGCACUUUAGGAUUACCUACUUCUUAAUUCUAGAGUUUAGAGGAUUUAAGGAAUGAUUUGAAUCUCAGGUAUUCAAUGUGGAAGUCUACAAAGGAGUGGAUUGAAUUAACUUAAUCAUGGAUUGAUGGAAAAUUUAUAGAUAUCAACACAGAUGAAAUUAAGGCCAAAGGAGAAUAUUAUACCAAGAUUGUCAAUAGAUGUUCUAAGGGAUUACCAGCAAAUCAAGUUUUAGACGAAUUGAAAGAUAAGGUAUUUUCAUUCAAAGAUACUAUGCCUGUAGUAUUGGCAUUAAGAAAUAAAAAUUUAAAAGAUUAUCAUUGGGUGCAAAUCAAAUAGGAGAUUCUGAAAUAAGACUUUGAGAUCACUGAAACAUUUACAUUAAGAAAUUUAAUGGACAUGAAGGUUGGAAUCUAUUAAGAACAGAUAUAAGAAGUUGCUACUUAGGCUACCUAGGAAGCUGUAUUGGAUGCCUAAUUUAAUGAUAUUGAGUAAAAGUGGAAGGCUCUUGAAUUUACAUGUGUUAACUAUAAGCCUGAAAACCUAAGGAACAAGGAAGUUUAUGUGCUCACUGAAAUAGACGAAUUAUAAGCUGCCUUAGAUGAUUUCUUGGCAAGUUUAAAUAAUAUAUUGGGAAAGAGAGCUGAAAAAUUAUAAAAGGAUGUGUUGAUUGCAUAAGAAACUUUGGAUGAUUGGUUAUAAGUUUAGAAAAAUUGGAUUUAUUUGGAAAAUAUUUUUGCCAGUCAGGACAUAAAAACCAAAUUGAAGGAAGAAAAUGCUUUGUUUGAAAACGUUGAUAAAUAAUUUAAGGCCAUUAUGAAAAAGACUAAUUCAUAGAAAUAAGUUCAUAGAGCAAGUGGAUUACUUGAUAAAUUCAGAGAAUAUAAAGAAACAUUAAAUAGAAUUCAAAAGGCAUUAGAAUCCUAUUUAGAAGAAAAGAGAAUGGCAUUCCCAAGAUUUUAUUUCCUAUCAAACGAUGAACUUUUGGAGAUUUUAGCUAAAUCAUAAGAUUUUGAUGCAAUUCAAAGAAAUUUAAAGAAAUGUUUUGAAGCCAUUUAUAGACUUGAAUAACCUGAAGAAGGUGCUAGAUCAGUAAAUGGAAUGAUUUCACCAGAAGGAGAGAAGAUUCCAUUUGUAAAGGGUGUUUCAACAAAAGAAGAAGUUGAAUUGUGGUUGAUGAAAGUUUAAGAUUAGAUGAUUGAAUCCUUAAAGAAGAGAAUGAAACAAGGAAAAGUAGAGAGUGAAACCUAAGAAAGAAAUCACUGGUUACUAAAUUAACCAGCUCAAGUAGUUGCCACAAUUUCGAAUCUAAUCUGGACAUAUGAUACUGAAUAAGCUAUUAAUAGUAUGACAGAUGAUUCUACUGCUUUAUCAAAACACUAUAAUCUGUUAUAUGAGUCAUUGAAUGGAUUGACUGCCUUAGUUAGAGGUACAUUGACUCCACUUCAACACAAAGUCAUAGUGGCAUUGAUUACUUAGGAUGUUCAUGCUAGAGAUAUUGUGGAUGCUUUAACUGAUGAAAAUGUUAGUUCAAUCAGUGAAUUCUCAUGGUAAUAAUAAUUAAGAUAUUAUAUGGAUGAAAAUGAUCUAAUAAUAGUGAGAUAAGUUAAUGCUAAAUUAAAUUAUGGAUACGAAUAUUUAGGAGCUACAACAAGAUUGGUUAUUACUAAUUUGACAGACAGAUGUUGGAUGACAAUUACUGGAGCAUUGAAUAUUAAAUUAGGAGCAGCUCCAGCUGGACCAGCAGGAACAGGAAAGACAGAAUCAAGCGAAGGACUUGGCCAAAGCUUUGGGAAUGUUUUGUGUUGUGUUCAAUUGUUCAGAUUAAAUUGA